ACUAGUACCGCCCCUUCACAAAGCAAUCCAAUGGGAUGCUUGUAAACGUCCUGGAUACUGUCGUGAAAAGAAUAGGGGGUUGAAUACGCACCGCCCCCUUACCAAACGAUCCAAUAGGAUGCUUGUACACGUCGUUAAUUCUGUCGUGAACAGGAUGGCGGGCUGGAAUAUGCACCGCCCCCCGACAAAACGAACCAAUAGGCUGCCCGAAAACGUGACCGUUAAUCAGUGAAAAGGGACAAACUAGAUUGUGUUAGUGUAAGAAGAUUUGACAUGGCGGAAACAGAAGUUCUUGAAGUGUACCUAGACCUGCUCUCGCAACCCUGCAGAGCUGUGCACAUUUUCCUCAGUCACAAUAAAAUCCCUCACAAACUGAGAAUUGUGGCACUGCGGAAAGGAGAGCACAAAACACCGGAGUUCACUAAGCUAAACCCCAUGCAGCAGGUUCCGGUGAUGGUAGACAAAGGUUUCGUACUGACUGAAAGUGAUGCCAUACUGAAGUACCUGGCCACCAACUACAAUGUCCCUGAGUACUGGUACCCCCGGGAUCCAGAGAGGAGGGCCAGGGUGGAUGAGUAUACAGUCUGGCAUCACACAAACAUCCGGCCACCUGCUGCAAAAGUCUUUCUCAUAGAACUGUUGAGACCGCAUAUGUUAGGGCAGCUUGUUGAUCUACUAAUGCUGGAGAAGGCACUGGGGCAGCUCAGUGAGACCCUGGACAAACUGGAGAGCAUGUUCCUUAAAAGGCAGGCCUUCCUCUGUGGGGAUGAUAUCACGCUGGCUGACCUGCUUGCUGUCUGUGAGAUAAUGCAGCCCCUGAGUGGUGGUAGAGACAUUCUGAAGGGGCGCCGGGUAAAGUUGGCGCUAAAAGGUGAUCUUGACGAUGCACACUGGGUUGUAUAUCAUCUCAGAGACAAGUCUGCAUCCAAGCUGUAAACAGAGCUGAACCUACUUUGAUUUCAUAAGCUGUGAAAAUGUUUUAUUUUUUAAAUCCUCUAUGAAAAAUGAGUUUCUGAAAAACCUGUGCCUUUUGGUUAUAAGAAUAGUAUCUAAGCAAAGAAAAAAAGCCCUAUUAAAAAUACAUUUAUUACAAAAAUGAAACAGUAUCAUACAAGAAUGUUUCAAUCUGAAGAUUAAAUGUUGUGUGUCCAGGAAGUAGUUUAAAAAAAAAAAAAAAAAAAAAGCACAGCACAAUGUU